UUGCCUUCAGAUUUCUUGUGAUUCGUCCCUGGCCACAGUUUAAAGGGGUUAAUGUUUUCUCCGUGCGAUGGCGCUUAUGUCUCAGAAAUAGUUAUCCUUGGGCAUUUUGGAAUGCAGUAAGGAAAAAAGACCAAACUGGAAAUUAAAAAGAGAAAACAGUUGUGGUACGCUACCGACCUUCAAGUUACAACCGACCCCUUGUGUCUGCAUUUCCCGUAGAUGACAAUCAGUAGACCAUAAGGGUUGACGAGUUCCGACUUCCGACUUACUCGGACAAAACAGUUGCAGUGAAUGACGGAUGUUACUGCAGACAUUACACGGAUAAUGUGCAAUGGCCGGCGCUUGACAUGGCCGGAACUGUUGGUGCAACCGUUGGGCCUCAGAGCCCACUAAAUCGCAAUCUUGAACGUCUAUUAGAAGAAGCUCAAAUCAGUGGUGAAUUGCGUGUUAGCAGUCGUCGGCUGAGAGAGUUCCCUAAAGUGGCCAGCAAAUACAAUCUUAAUGACACCGUUUACAGUGAUUUAUCCAAAAACAAAUUGUCAGAAUUACCCAAUGAAAUCACACGUUUCACAGCUUUAGAAAAGCUGAAUCUGUAUCACAAUGUCAUCCGAUUUAUUCCAGAAACUGUCAUGUACCUGCAAUGCCUAACAUAUUUAGACAUCAGUCGCAAUCAGCUCAGUGUGCUACCAGCUUAUCUUUGCAAACUACCCUUGCAAGUCUUGUUGGUUAGUCAUAACCGGUUGGUGAGUCUACCAGAAGAAAUCAAUCAGUUAGCAGAGCUGAUUGAGUUAGAUGCAUCAUGCAAUCAACUCAGUCACCUACCCAUUCAAUUAGGUGACCUACAACACUUGGAAUCACUCAAUCUGCGAAAGAACUUUCUGGUUGAAUUGCCAAGAGAAUUAAUGUUCCUGCAGUUGGUAACACUCGACAUCAGCGUCAACAGGAUCUCAGCCUUACCUGUGGAGUUACGUUAUAUGGUGUCUUUGGUUGACCUAUGUGUUGAACACAAUCCUUUGUCUUCGCCUCCAGCACAUCUAUGUACUCGAGGACGAAUUCACAUUUUCAAAUACCUCGAAAUCGAAGCAAUUAAAGAAGACAGAAAGCGAGACAUCCUAGAGGGUGGUGACUGUCGCAGGUUGCCUAGGAAGCCCUCUACUUUGCCGGAUUCUCGUUUUUCGGCCAACGAUCCUCGCCGCAAGAGAUACACCAUCGACAACAGUAAUGGCUUUGCAAACUGUAAUAACAGUAGUAGCAAACAGCCCGUAGUUGCAGAUGGACUCGAUAUGCGCUGGCCGCAGCAAAGCAAUCAGCAAAAGGAUAUUAACUUGUCUACCACGGAAACAGCUCCAUCGUUUCCACCCGCCCCGCUCAAUCAUAACCACCCAGUGAAGACUGAAGAUGAAGACGAUGACGAACAAGGCAACGAAGAAAGACGAAGAGCUGCUCGGAAAAUUUUGGAACACCAAAUGGCUUCGCAAGAUGACCAGAGGCUACCCAAUCACGGCCAGACGUAUAGAGAAUACAAAGAGGCCUUACGGCAGCAGCGUAGCAAUGUUUACAAGGGUGUACGGGACAAUAGCCACACUCCUAGUCCCGACACCCCUCCGCUGUCUGGUAGCCAGCCAGGCGAUUACGGCCGGCAGUUGUUACUUCAAAUGCCACAACAACAACCACAGCAACGACCGGAAGGAUUUUCCCCCUUUAAACCAUGGGAAAGCAAUUCCAACCAAACACCUGUUUCCGAUUCUUCCACUCAACCUCAUCCAUCGUCAUUCUCUUUGGCGGGUGAUUUCACUCGUCCGCUGAGCUUGAAUCUCAGUCACGAUGAAAACAACAAAAUGAAUGUCAAGGCUGUACAGAAAGAAGCUGUCCUAUCUUACGUAAAGGCCAAAACUAGUCCGUCGUCUGUAGCUCAGCCACCGCCCUUCCGCUCACCGACAUCCGAGUUGCUCAGCCCUACUUUGCCCUUUCGUUCAACGCCUGUCGUUCCCAGUUCUACGGUCGAGUCGAACAAUGUGACACCUCCCUAUCGCCCACCGCCGACUGAACCAAUCAACGGAAGUCGCAAGAUUGCCACCGUCAAACCCGGACCAUCAAUCCUUAGCCGACAAAAUUCUCUAACAAAUUCCACUAAUGGCAAUCAAACUCCACCGCCAUCCAAUCACUUGUCUCACACAGCUGCCACUGCCAGUUUUACGGUACGCCGCGAGAUGGAGAGACAACGAGAAGAAAUGGAACAAAUACAGCAUUUGCGUCAAUGUAUCGAAAUGCGGCUCAAAGUGUCCUUACCUGACGAUCUAUCGUCUGCACUGCAAGACGGAGUUGUCUUGUGCCAUCUGGCUAAUCAUGUCCGCCCACGUUCCGUGGCAAGCAUACACGUUCCUUCACCAGCAGUGCCCAAACUGACUGUAGCCAAAUGCCGCCGUAACGUUGAGAAUUUUAUCGAAGCUUGUCGGAGGAUUGGCGUUCCUGAGACCUCAUUGUGCGCCUGGGAGGACGUCACGACGGCACCAAACACUAGACGGCUGCUCGAAACUGUGCGGGUCUUGCUUGAUCCCGCCACCUUGGAAAGAGUCCCGUCGGAUGCUUGUGUUCCCUUCAUUUCAGCGCCUUCUAAUCCGCCUACUCCUCCGCCAACUCCCACUCUCACCCCCACAGACUCGUCCCCAAUCCCGUUUGAAUUGAUCGAUCCGGCUGAUCAGACGGUAGACGUCAAUGAAAAUGACCGAGACGGGAAACGUAGUUCCCUUAAAACCAAACGGGUCACAUUUGUUCCGGACAUUGUCGUGGAACACGUUGAACCCGAUGAGCCUUGCGAUAGUAGUUGUUCCCCUAGCGCGAUGUUGGACGCCGACCACAAAGACUUGGUUAGAGUGUCGUUGACUGAGCUGUGGAUUUCACAUUCCGCGUUGUUGCUCGUACUUUUGGCAGCCAUCGUUUUCUACCAUUGGCUUCCGGCCGACCAGUAAAGAAUUCCUUGUCCUAAUUUUCUAGUUUUUUUUUUCUUCAUCCCUCCAUUGACCUAGUCGGUUGUAGUACAUCACCAUUGAAUGAGCAAAAAAUUAACUUUAGUUUUGGGAAACAUAAAAAAGAAAAACGAAACAUUCCCGUGACCUUAUAGAUUCAGUUUUCACUUAAAAUGAAAUCUGCUUAAUCGCAUGGGUGCCUCGAUAUUUCCGCAAAAAAAAGGUGAUACGAAUCAUUGCGUAAUUUUUCUUGUAACUUAUUGCAUCGUUUUUUUGUGUGUCUUUGUCCUAUCGCAUUUUCUUGUUCGGCUUCUCUUCUCGGGAUUUUCGUUCGAAUUUCAGCAUUUAGCCAACCCUCUUCUUUCGUGAUGAAUGGCUAUUAACGAGGCUCCAGUUUCAAGCUACCUAAAUUGCAUUUUUCGUUUCUUUUUUUUGUCUCUAGCGUUUGAUUCCUCUUGUGUUCUCGUGCAUAGCUAACAGUGAUUGUCGAACUGUGUUUCCAAGCAACAAUCGAGCAGCCCAUCUAGAAUUUAGUUUGCGAUCAAUGCCCAGCAAGGCCGUUCGUUUCAUUUUGUACGUAGUAUAGGCCAGCUGCCGUAUCGUAGUAACUCUUGAAUUGAUUAACCUUUCUCGCGGCAGCAAUUAAUUUCGAUACCCCACUUUAUUUUGUGUUUCUGUUUGUACGGAAACAGCCGAAUGUGACAAAGAGAGAUGGCUAGUGAUAAUGACUAUAGAAAAUACCCUACACCAGUAGAAGUAUUUUAGUGCAGUGAUGAUGUGUCGGUGCCUGUUCCAACGCUUGCCUAAAGAGCUUUUUUUUUUUUCUUACUCUCUUAAUCGAAGGAAUGCAUUAAUAUUUUGAGCUAACUAAGAGAUGUAAGCUAAUCAGCAAUUAAAGACAGAAACAAAAAAAAGAGAACAAUAAUAUUCAAUGAUUGAAUAGCUUGUGUUUGUUUAGCUCAUCUUUCGUUUGCAUUGUAGUUGUUUUUUAUUUUAAUUCCCGACUUUUUGGUUGCAUAAUAUACAAUUAGCCAAGCUGGCUAGGGAAAAGAUAAUAACACCAAUAGUUUUAUCGGAGUAAAAUAUAGAAAUAAGAGUAGCAUAGAAACCCAAUCGUAAAUCUAACCAUACGCUCCCAGGGAUCACAACUAUAUUUGUUUUGUUUGUUUUAUUGUUUUUGUUUUUUACAUUCAUUUUUCUUUCCUUUUUUUCCCUUAUUUUUCGUUAUUUGGUUUUUUUUUUUUUUGUUUAUGAUUUUUUUUUAUUCUUUUCUAUUAUCCGAUUUAUUUUAAUUCUCUAUCUUUCCUCACCCGACGCCACCGUCUUUUUUUCCCACAUUUUUUUUCCUGGUUUUUCUGCUACCCUUUCGUAUACAGGAUCGACUGUGCACUUCUGCCGACGUUCUGGAGAGGAGAAGUGUCGUUCGUAUUGCUACCACCGUCGCCACGCUUAUGGCAUUCCAUCGUGGACGACCUGUUACCGCUCACUACACUGGCGUUUAAACGCCAUUU